GUCUCCCGCCCCUCCAAGUGGCGACCGCAACGUUGAGAAUCCAACGACAACCUCAGUAUGUGAACUCUGUUACCCAGGAGGCCUCGCACCGGUCCGCUGAAGCUGGAGUUCCCGUGUUAAUGGUUCCCGCCGGCAAUCCGCGGAACCUGUUGGCGUGGCCCACAAGGUUCAGCGGGGCUGCUAGAGGCUAGUUGCUAAGCAAGGGGAGCUUCUUCGGUCAACUGCCACUUGGGUCACGGCGAUAGGAAUCCCCAGAUUCGUCACUACCCCGAGGCCCCCGCUAUGCCUCACAUCGAUAACGACGUCAAACUGGCCUUCCAGGAUGUCCUGUUGAGGCCCAAACGCAGUACCCUUAAGUCUCGAAGUGAGGUGGAUCUCACAAGAUCCUUUUCAUUUCGGAACUCAAAGCAGAUGUACACCGGGAUCCCCAUUAUUGCCUCCAAUAUGGACACUGUGGGCACCUUUGAGAUGGCCAAGGUUCUCUGUAAGUUCUCCCUCUUCACUGCUGUCCAUAAACACUACAGCCUCAAGCAGUGGAAAGAGUUUGCUAGCCAGAAUCCUGACUGUCUUGAGCAUCUGGCUGCCAGCGCAGGCUCUUCUGACUUUGAGCAGCUGGAACAGAUCCUGGAAGCUAUUCCCCAGGUGAAAUAUAUAUGCCUGGACGUGGCAAAUGGCUACUCUGAACACUUUGUUGAAUUUGUAAAGAAUGUGCGGAAGCGCUUCCCUGAACACACCAUCAUGGCAGGGAAUGUGGUAACAGGCGAGAUGGUGGAAGAGCUGAUCCUCACUGGGGCCGACAUCAUCAAAGUGGGAAUCGGACCAGGCUCUGUGUGUACCACUCGGAAGAAAACUGGAGUGGGGUACCCACAGCUCAGUGCGGUGAUGGAGUGUGCAGAUGCUGCUCACGGCCUCAAAGGCCACAUCAUUUCAGAUGGAGGCUGUACCUGUCCUGGGGAUGUGGCCAAGGCUUUCGGGGCAGGGGCUGACUUCGUGAUGCUGGGUGGCAUGCUGGCUGGGCACAGCGAGUCAGGUGGUGAGCUCAUCGAGAGAGAUGGCAAGAAGUACAAGCUCUUCUACGGAAUGAGUUCUGAAACGGCCAUGAAGAAGUACGCUGGGACUGUGGCUGAGUACAGGGCGUCAGAGGGAAAGACGGUGCAGGUGCCCUUUAGAGGGGAUGUGAAAUAUACGGUGCAAGAUAUCCUUGGAGGCAUCCGCUCCACAUGUACCUACGUGGGAGCAGCUAAGCUGAAGGAGCUGAGCCGGAGAACUACCUUCAUCCGUGUCACCCAGCAGGGGAAUCCAGUCUUCAGUGACGAGGGCUAGACCUUGCAGUUCUGCCCUCCCAAGGCACCAGCACCUUACCACAGGGCUCCUGUGGCCUCUGUACCCAUCCCACCUACUAUGGCUAUUUAUUAUUACUUGGUCAUUUCCUAUUGUCUCACUCCUGAGGGCUCCUGCAGUAAUUCUGUACUUCUCUGUCUGCACACACAGAAUGCCCAGGGCAUUUACUAGAAAGGAAGCAAGGAAGGCAGGCUGAGAAAAUAAGGGAAGAUAAUCAAAUGGGAAUCUGGGGACCUAGCAUUCUUAAGAUUAUUGAAAGGAAAAGAUGCUGAUUGCUACAUAAGUGUUUUAUAUGGCCUUGGUCUGGAAGCCGGAAGGCUUUUAGAAUCAUGUUUUGUUAAUUAGCUUCAUUAAAUAGGAUCUCUGAAUGUCU